AUGGGCAGCUGGCCUGCGGUGGCACCUUUGUUACCGUCGCCCCCUCUGCCCCUCUCCCAAUCGCCCCAUUUCGCCCUUGCACGUGCCGCCUCUGCUCUGCCGCGCCCCUGCAUGUGCCCCGCGCGUCCACUCCGCCCAUCAUCCACCUGCCUUUAUCCAUGGCGCAUGCAGCGAUACAUUCGUCACCAUGAGCCCCGCCCCUCUGCUCCUGGCACCAUGAGUCGACUCAAAAGUCACCAUGAGCCCCGCCCCUCUGCUCCUCCCCACCACACCCUCCCCUUAAUCGCCCCACAUCUCCCCUGCGAUGUCUUGUCGCACCGCCCUCACCAUGCUUAUCAAAUGCGCCAGGUGGCAUUUGCUAAUGGGUUUUCUUCGCUCUUCUCCCGCCCCCCACCCACCCACCCCGUCUCAUCGCCCCUGCCUCUGUCUCACUCACCCCUUUCCACGCCUCCCGCCCGUCACUCACCUGCUUUUAUCCAGGUGGCAUGCGAUGACACUUUCGUCACCAUGGGCCCCAUCGUUGUCAACAGCUCAGCGCCACAUCAGCUCGGCUUUCUCACCAACAGCCAUGUGGCAGGCACGUCGCCUGAGAUGUCAGAGGGGCGCUGCCUAUACCACCCACACUGCCCAAGCCACGGCCCUGGCGUGCCUAUCGGGGAGGUUCGGCGCAUGGUGUCCUUCCGAAGCGACCUGGAGUGGUUCGGGUUCUACAUUAACCACCAGCCUGGUGCGCUGAGGAGGAGGGAGGGCCAGGGACAUGACAUCAGGGUGAGGGUGGACGGGGCGUUUGCGGCCUUCACAUCGGCCAUCCACGCGAAUCACAUCACGGCGCGCCCAAGGGGCCUGCCACGCGGCGCAGUGGGCCCGGUGAUCGAGAUCCUCCCCACAUGGCCCGUCACUGCCCUCGUCUCGCAGCAGGUGGCGAAGGUGGCAAAGGUGGGGCGCAGCUCAGGGAUGACGCAGGGCACGGUGAUGGCAUACGCGGUGGAGUAUUACGUGGACAGCAAGCGCGCCUUCGCCUCUGACCUCCUCAUUCGCAGCUCCACUGAGGUGAUCCCUCCACCACUACCCCCUCCACUUAGGGCGUAUCUCACUUUGGGUGCUCCCUCCUCCGCUGCUCCCUCUGCUGCUCCCUCCUCUGCUCCCUCCUCUGCUCCCUCCUCUGCUCCCUCCUCUGCUCCUUCCGCUGCUCCCUCCUCUGCUCCCUCCUCUGCUCCCUCCUCUGCUCCCUCCUCUGCUCCCUCCUCUGCUCCCUCCUCUGCUCCUUCUUAUGCUCCCUCUGCUCCUUUUUAUGCUCCCUCUGCUGCUCCCUCCUCUGCCCCCUCCAAUCACCGCCCAUUCUCGCCCUAUUCCGCCCCUCCCCUCACCCCUCCUCCCCUUCGCCAGGCGCCCUUCGAUCUAGAGGGUGAUGCAGGCAGCACAGUAUACCUGCUUCAGAGGGAGAGAGGAGCGGAAGUGGAGAGGGGAGGAGCAGAGCAGGGGAGUGGGCGAGGAGGGGAUCAGAGAGGGGGAGAGGCGGCGGGUAGUGGGAGCAUGUUAGCCCAGGGCCGGGUCACAAGAUCAGCAACAGCAGGGUUAGAAGGAGGAGUAACAGAAGCAGGAACAAGAGGAGCAUUAGGAUCAACAGAAGUGGCAGGCGCAGCAGGAGCUGAAGCAGCAGGAGGGGCAGGAGGAGACGAACAGGGGGGGCAGCAUCUCGCACAGGAGCACGGGGAGGAGGCACAAGGUACAGGAACGGUACGUGGGGCAGGCUCGCAAGGGGGCCGGCGUGGGGAAGGGGGGGGGCAGGCUGCUGCUAGUAGUGGUGCUGGGGGAGAUUGCAGCAGGGGGGGGGGAGAGGGGGGUGGUGGGGCGGACAGCAGGGCGGAGCGGCGGCGAGUGAGGGAUGGUGAGGAGGAGGAGGAGGAAGCAGUGGCAGGAGCAGAUGGUGCAGCUGGAGGGAACACAGUAGAGGUGGAGGAUCGGAGGGGAGGAGGUGGAGAAGGAAGUAGGGCUGACACACGACAACAAGGUGAUGCAGCAGAGAGUGAGGCUCAGGGCGGCGAGUGGCGGCCGCUUGCACUGGUGUGGGGCGGCACGGGGCGGCAUGGGAGGGUGACGCGGUGGAGUGGCAAGCACCCCGAGUACUGGACGACUGCUGUGGACCUCCACCGCCUCAUGACCCACCUCCAUGUCUCUCCUGCUCCUCCUGGCUGUACCCGUGAUGGCGGGGACUGGGAGGGGGGCGGGGACGAGGGAGGAGGGGUGAGGGGCAGGGGAGGGGGAGAGGGGAGGGGAAGCACUAGUGGGAGUGGGUAG